GUCAACUCAGUUGAAGAAGGAAGAGAAAUCUUGGUGAGACGUGGAUUGCUCAGCGGUCUUCUAACGGAUCCGUUAGUGUGCUCGAUGGAACACGUAGAAUCGUCCAGUGAGAUGGAGAUUGUAUGGCCAAAGUUCAGACUGGAAUCAUAUGGCCAGAGUGUGGGACAAGAACAAACGUCUCAGCAGAAGAAUCUAAAAUGCCAAUCUCUUGAAGAUAGAGGGAGCUUUUGUUUGAGGAAAGCCCAAUAAGAACUCAAAAAAAAAAAAAAAAAAAAAAGCUGGACUCUAAAGUGUUUUGUGUAACAGCACCCAAAGGUCUCGCACACUUGCGCACAAACAAAUCAUCAACAUGCUGCAGCAAAUACUGGCUGACAUGUACAUUGACCCAGAUGUACUUGAGGCCCUGAACGAGGAACAGAAGAAAAUCCUCUUCUUCAAAAUGAGAGAGGAACAAGUCAGGCGAUGGAAAGAGAGGGAAGAGAAGGAGGGCAAGGAAGGGAUAGAAAGGCCCCAAAAAAAGAAAGGUCCUUGUAAAAGUGUGAGCUGGUUGUUGGGACGAGAUGGCGACGUGCGCGUGUGUUUUAUCGGAGAAUCAGACGAGCUGAAAUCUCCAAAACUCAUCCUGUCUGAGCUGAGAGAUAAAACAGUGGCCAACACUAACAAUGUCAACAGAGCAAAACCAGAACCUGUUAAGAGCAACCUGACCAAACCCAACAGAGUACAAACAACCAGCACUGAACCAGGGAUCCAGCUACUGCUCAAGAAACAAGAGGAGCUCAGUGAUUCCAGUACCGUCUCAGAUGAGUCCAAGCAGGAUAGCAGUUCUGAUCAGUCUGCUGACGACACCAGGGGCCAAACAGAUGAUUCUGACUCAGGUAGCGCCGAGGAAGACACGGGCCUGUACAGAUCACAUCAGAGCAAAAGAGAUACAUCAAUAGCAGACAGAUUGAAAGAGCUGACAAUACACAGAGCAAUGAAAGAGCAGCUGUCAGUCAAUGACAAGACACACCCACUGGACACACCAGACAAAGGAGUGGAGAAAGACAAGGAUAAUAGUCUGACGUAUGGCAGUCGUGUGGCUCAGCUCAGGAAGACCUUCAACACUACAAAUGCCAAAGGAUCUUCUCCAUGUGUCAAACCACCAAUCCCCAGCAAGCCUGUUCACCUACUGACCUCCCCCUCGGUCAGAUAAACACACACACACUCUGCCACUCCAUAGACUUCAAAUAAAGACUCCUAAACAUCCACAUAUACCCCCCCCCCCCCCCCCAAAAAAAACAAAAAAACAAACAAACAAAACAGCAAAAUGGACUAAAAAACAGAAAAGACUUGAGCGUAUGAACACAUCCAGGUAUGGACCCAGCUGGAGAUUAGCGCUGUACGGAUAUCAAACACCCUUUAUGACCCAGCUCAGACCAGCAGUAAUGAAUUUUCACACUGUUUACAGAGGAGCGUGGUCUCCAAAGAACUAAGAUUUGUUCUGUUGCCUUUACAUGAAAUUGUUUAUACUAACUGUGUUUCCUUAAGGGGAGAAUGACCAAAGGUAUUGUCUUCUUUUUUUUAUAGUUAUUGGCUCAUCUUUUUCUUUUUUUAUAUAUAACGGUGUCAUUGUGAAUAUUGUAUAGAAUAAAGUGGUUUUUUCUGGACUUUAUUACUGGAUAGUGGGAUGUUAAUUAAAUCACAUACAGUAUACUGAUGACAGGGUCCUUUGAUGAGGGGGGCCUUCAAUGUCCUCCAGUGACUUGGGAGAAAAUGUAUUUGUAAUGUAUUUAUUUGAUAAUAAAUAUUAUUUUAAGGUAAUAGUUAAAAAAGAUAGUAGUACCCGGGCCUUGUGUAUUCAAGUGAUGGCCUUGCUGACUAUCAAAGAUACCGCACGACUUGGCUUGUACGAAAUGGUACAACUUAUAUUCCAAUAAAGACCAACCAAUCAACAAACAGAAUGUCAAAUCGAUACAAUACAGGCAUUAAAUUUAAACUAACCUCCAGUCCAACACUUUAUUUUAAGAGAAGAAUCAUUAUUGGACAAAUUGCUCAUUCCAUAUUUAUUUAUGCAACACAAAUGACUUAUGUCAAUAACCUGUAAUACGCUUCUCUCGUCUCAUUCCAAACCCUGAUGUUUCUCUUUCUUCUACAGGUUAUUUUCCUAUUAAAUUCAUGGUUAGGUUUAGGUUUGUGUUAGGUGUUAAACUUCACAAGUUAGUUGUACAUUUUUGUAUGAGCCAACUUGUAUGAUUAUGAUUUCGCCUAACCCUAACUAACCUAACCCUAACCCUAUUGUUAUGACUUGUAUUAAGGCCAGUAAGAAAAAAGUGGAAAGUAUUACUAAGAAAUAUCUUGAUACAUCCCUUUCUAAUUUAAGAGAAGUUUUUAGCUCAGUAGCUCAGUGAGUAUUGACGCUGACUACCACCAAUGGAGUCGCGAGUUCACAUGGGGUGACCUCCUCGUGGUCGCUAUAAUGUGGUUCUCGCUCUCGGUGGGGCACGUGGUGAGUUGUGCGUGGAUGCUGCGGAGAAUAGCUUGGGCCUCCACACGCGUUACGUCUCUGUGGUAACAUGCUCAGCAAGCCACGUGAUGAGAUGUGCAGAUUGACGGUCUCAGACACGGAGGCAACUGAGAUUUGUUUGAUUGAGGUGAGUCACUACGCCACCACGAGGACUUAGAGGGCAUUGGGAAUUGGGCAUUCCAAAUUGGGGAGAAAAAAAAGUUAAGUUUUAUGUUUAUGGUUAACCUGUUUUUGAUUUCUAAUGCCUUUAGAUUAUUGAUAAACUGUAAUGCUCCAUAAGGUUUUUUUAAGUAUGCUAAUAUGUAUGCAUAUUAAGAUCACAUCCCAUUGACCCCGCCAUCUCAAAUGAGUUCAUGCAGAAGAAUUACUGACCUCUCCCUUAUCUCCCUCCAUUUCUUUCUUCCUCUAAAGAAUCAUGGUGAAAAAAGAGAGAGACAGAUGGUUACAGAAAUAGAGGGAGCACACAUAGCAUUGGAAAAAAUUGGAAGGAUAGAGGAAGAUGGAGAGAAAGUGGAGAAGGGGUAGAGAGGAAAGUCCAUGCUUCAUAUAAGAGAUCUCUGAUUGUAGUUGGUUUACGAGUGAUUAUUUUAAGAUGGAUUUAAAGCAAUACAAAUAUAUAUUAAAUGCUUCUGGCAGAGUUGUGGCCUAGUGGUUAGAACAUGUGCUCUGGCAUAUUGUGGUGUCACAGAAUCACAUUACUAUACAUACAUUUUUGCAAAAGUUAUUUAUGUAACUGUAAUGAUUUUACGUUCCACUUCAUAUGUAUCGCAGCAGUUUCCUGGUGAAAUGAACACUAGAGGCACUACAACAACAAUGACUUGUAUUCACUUUAACACAAAUCAGGAAAAUUAACUAUUUUUGAAACAAAUGUGAAACAACUCUUCUUUACACCAGAUGUCACCUAGGCUCUAAACAACUCGUUUUGGCCGAGGGUGUCACACAUGCAGAUGGAGAUCUUGCUCUCUUCAGUCGGAGAUAUGACAUACUUGCUGAUACAAUAUUUUGGAGGGGUGACACCAACUCACCAUAACUCUUUCCUCUGUGGUUCCCUGUCACGUGGAGCUUGCCGAAAUAACAACAGAACUACCUCGUGAGAAUAAACAAUUGUAAUAGUGUGUUUUAGAGAGCAAAUCAUAGAGAAACUUUACCUUGUGAAAGUGUGUGUGUAUUUAUCCCCUCGAGGCUUGCUGUAGAAUGCGUAUGUCCAUAUGCAGCUUUCAGUGAAUAAAGAAAUUACUUUCAAUAAAAAAAAUAAAA